CUCCCCACCCUUUUGUUGUAUUUAUCUCGCUUUGUUAACAAUUGUGAUUAAAAUAGAGAGAGAGGAUGUAUGUGGAUGGAUGCUUGGUAUAGAUAAUAAAUGAAUGAUCAGGGAGGUGCCAGCCUAGGAGUUCAGUAUCGAUCGGCCAAAGAAUGCGAAGAGUAUAGACAACCAGAUGACCCCCGGAGGGCAGACUGGAAUCCACCCAACAGCCUCAAGGAUGGGACUACCAAAGAACAAGAUAACAUCUGGCAGCACGGAUCCAUCAGGAAUGUGCCAUCUGCUGAUUGAUUCGGCAACAGCAUGAUGAAGUAAUUCCCAUAGACUGGCAUAGGAAUAAAUUCCUAUAAAAAUGGACUUUAGAAACUGAGAACUUUGAGUCUGGUUCUGCUACCACCCUCCAGGAACAUCGGAUGCACAUCUGACAAAGACUCAGCUCCGCCCUCAUGCCCAAGUUACCUGGCCAGUAACUUGGCAUGAGCAACCUCUAGGCUGGUAACUGUAACAAAUUUGCAGAACCUGUGUGUGUGUGUGUGUGUGUGUGUGUGUGUGUGUGUGUGUGUGUGCGCGUGUGUGUGUGUGAACGAACCUGUGAAUGAAUGUGAAACUGAACGAAAUGUUAUAGCUAUAACUGACUGCCUGCUAUGAUUCUUUUUGUAUUCACAAUAAAUGUGACAUUUUGUCUUAUCCCCGUUAAUAAGAUCCUGCUGGUUUUUAUUUUAUUGGUAUACCACAGCUGGUGUUUGGGGAUGAGGAGGUGAGAGAGAGGCACAAUGACCAAAUAGUCUCGGAAGAGUUCUUAAUUCCUGAAAAGACUGCAGUCUGUAUUCCUCCCAAUUGGAAGGACAGAAGGAGUAGAAUCCUGGUCAGACCCCACCUCACCUAGCCAUGCCUCUGUGGUUUGUGGAGUGCCUUGGAGUACUCCACAACAUUUGGGCUUGGGCUGGGGCUGGAGUCCAAAUGUCUGCACCACAAUUUUACAGCCCCUUAGCAUGAGCCCCACAAGCCCAAGUCAGCUGACACAGGCCAGCCGUGGGGGUUUAAUUGAAGUGUACACAUAUCCCAAGUCUGUAGUAGCCCCCUUUCACUCCCCGCACAGGGGCAUGAGGAAGCAAAAAGCUCUCUGAGGGCUCUUCUUCCACUUCAGAAGAGGAAGCACAAUCUGUCCCAGAAUGUGGAAACAUGGAUGUGCUGCUUACUUGCUGUGUUCAACAGUAUUUCUGUAUUUCGGAUCAUUUACGUAUGCUUCCCUGCACGAGCCAUGUUUCAAGAACCCAGCAGUUUUACAAAGCCGGAGGGUGUCUGUUAAAACACACUGUGUGGUUAAAGGUUGAUCCUAUCUCUGUUUUUCCUUUGUGUUGUUAUAAUCCACACAGCUUUCUUUGCUUCUGCUAGUUAGUUUUACAAGCAGAACUGUUGAUAACGACAAAGAAAAUAAUUGUCCCCAACAAGGUUUCUUAUUAUGUAGAGCUGUAUAGUGCAUUCAUGGUGUAAAAGCUGGUGGGAUGCCAGGCUCGAUGUAACUCAUCACAGCACUGAUAUAAUCUAUCCAGGCCAAGUUACACUGAAAUCUGUUGUUGCCAAAAUAUGCUCACAAAUCUGUGCCUAAAGUUUUUUCCUACCAUGGAAAUAUGUAUAUUUUAAUUAUGGUGUCACGGUAGGACAGUAAUUGCAUAGUUUGUAAAACAGUGUCUAUUUUAAAUCUGAUUUUGAAGCCCAUACACAUCCUUUCCUCUUUUUGUUUUGUUUGUUUUUCGUUUUGUCAGAGGAAUACCAGGUGCCACAGAGGGAAUGAAUAGAACAGAUGAAUGGAAGAAGAAAGUUAGUGAAUCAUACGCUAUAAUCUUAGAAAGAUUAGAAGAUGACCUGCAGAUCAAAGAAAAGGAGUUCACAGAACUGAAACACGUCUUUAGCUCUGAUGAAGCCUUUAGCAAAGUCAAUUUAAAUUACCGCACGGAAAAUGGGCUCUCUCUUCUUCAUUUAUGUUGUAUUUGCGGUGGUAACAAAUCCCAUAUUAGAACUCUUAUGCUAAAAGGGUUGCGUCCAUCCAGGUUAACAAGAAAUGGAUUUACAGCUCUGCAUUUGGCAUCUUACAAGGACAGUGCAGAACUUGUGACAGCCCUGCUGCAUGGUGGAGCUGACAUUCAGCAAGUUGGAUACGGAGCUCUUACGGCGCUUCAUAUUGCUACAAUAGCUGGUCAUCAUGAGGCUGUGGAUAUACUUUUGCAGCAUGGAGCUUAUGUCAAUGUUCAAGAUGCAGUGUUUUUCACCCCAUUACACAUUGCAGCAUACUAUGGCCAUGAACAGGUUACCCGCCUCUUGCUGAAGUUUGGUGCUGAUGUGAAUGUGAGCGGGGAAGUUGGAGACAGACCCCUCCACUUAGCUUCUGCCAAAGGGUUUCUUAAUAUUGCAAAACUCUUGAUGGAAGAGGGCAGCAAGGCAGAUGUGAAUGCUCAGGACAAUGAAGACCAUGUUCCUCUACACUUCUGUUCUCGAUUUGGACAUCAUGAAAUAGUGAAGUUCCUACUCCAAAGCAAUUUUGAAGUUCAGCCCCAUGUGGCCAAUAUUUAUGGAGACACACCUUUACACCUUGCUUGUUACAAUGGAAAGUUUGAAGUUGUCAAGGAAAUAAUCCAGCUGUCAGGAACAGAAAGUCUGACUAAGGAAAAUAUAUUCAGUGAAACAGCUUUUCACAGUGCCUGUACCUAUGGCAAGAACAUAGAACUUGUAAAAUUUCUUCUUGACCAGAAUGUUUUAAGCAUCAAUCAUCAAGGAAGAGAUGGGCAUACAGGAUUACACUGUGCUUGCUACCAUGGUCACAUUCGUCUAGUACAGUUUUUACUGGAUAAUGGAGCUGAUAUGAAUCUGGUAGCCUGUGAUCCCAGCAGGUCUAGUGGAGAAAAAGAUGAGCAGACCUGUUUGAUGUGGGCUUAUGAAAAAGGACACGAUGCCAUUGUUACCCUUCUGAAACAUUAUAAAAGACCUCAGGAUGAUUCACCCUGUAACGAAUACUCCCAACCUGGAGGAGAUGGUUCUUACGUCUCUGUUCCAUCCCCUCUAGGGAAGAUUAAAAGCAUGACAAAAGAAAAGGCAGAUGUUCUCCUCCUCCGUGCUGGUUUGCCGUCACAUUUCCACCUUCAGCUCUCUGAAAUAGAGUUCCAUGAGAUUAUUGGCUCAGGGUCUUUUGGAAAAGUGUAUAAGGGAAAAUGCAGAAAUAAAAUAGUAGCGAUCAAACGCUACAGAGCCAAUACCUACUGUUCCAAAUCAGAUGUGGACAUGUUUUGCCGUGAAGUUUCUAUCCUCUGUCGACUCAAUCAUCCUUGCGUCAUCCAGUUUGUUGGUGCUUGCUUAGAUGAUCCAAGUCAGUUUUCUAUAGUCACUCAAUAUAUUUCUGGAGGAUCACUCUUUUCUCUGCUGCAUGAACAGAAGAGGAAUCUUGACUUGCAGUCAAAAUUAAUCAUUGCUGUAGAUGUUGCCAAAGGUAUGGAGUAUCUUCAUAAUCUUAUACAACCAAUCAUACAUCGGGACUUGAACAGCCACAAUAUUCUUCUCUAUGAAGAUGGCCAUGCUGUUGUUGCUGACUUUGGAGAAUCUAGAUUUCUGCAGUCCUUGGAUGAAGACAACAUGACAAAACAACCUGGGAACUUACGCUGGAUGGCCCCUGAGGUAUUCACGCAGUGCACUCGAUACACUAUAAAAGCUGAUGUUUUCAGCUAUGCUUUGUGUCUCUGGGAACUGUUAACAGGUGAAAUUCCAUUUGCUCACCUCAAACCAGCUGCAGCAGCAGCAGAUAUGGCCUAUCAUCACAUCCGGCCUCCAAUAGGGUAUUCAAUUCCCAAGCCCAUAUCAUCACUGUUAAUGAGGGGCUGGAAUGCAUGUCCUGAGGGAAGACCAGAAUUUUCUGAAGUAGUCACAAAAUUAGAAGAAUGCCUAUGCAAUAUUGAGUUGAUGUCUCCAGCCUCCAGUAACAGCAGUGGCUCUUUGUCUCCUUCCUCUUCUUCUGACUGUCUCGUUGCACGAGGAGGUCCUGGCCGUAGCCAUGUUGCAGCAUUACGUAACCGUUUUGAGUUGGAAUAUGCCUUGAAUGCAAGAGCUUAUGCUGUUUGGUCACAAAGCACUGGUCAACACCCUUCUCAAGGCCUUUCCUUGGACGACAUGAGGAGGAAUUUCCAGUACCCACCUAUUGACAGAAACGGUUACGUGUCUGAUCCCAUGAGUUCUAUGCGAUUUCAUUCCUGCAGUAAUAGUGGCAGUUUUGAAGACAGCAGCUGACAGCAUGAACCAUCUACCUGGAAAGAGAUUCCCCAUAUACUGACAGCAGGAAUUCUUACUGUGUCAGCGUAGCUCCCAGUCAUCAUACAUUACACCAAAGAUGCCUAAAUUGGCUUGUUUAUUUACUGAUGGUGAAUAUUUCUAUCAUAAAUUAUGCUGUAACUUAUUUUUCCUGCCAGCUUGCUUAGGGUUUUCUGGUGGUGCACAUCUGUCUUUCCUUAAAAGAAGCAAAUGUCCACAAGGAAUGCUGCAUCUUAAACUUGAAUAUUAAUAAUUCGAAAAAAGAGAUUAAAGCAAAAAUAAAUCUGUUAAAAGUGACAGAGUUCUAGGGCAAGUUGUUUUACUUUGGACUGCAGUAAAGCUUGUGCAGAUAUCAUAAACUUCCCGACUGAUACAAACAAAGUAGCAACAAAGCCAGCCAGAAUCACAGGAAAGAAUCAGCUCAUAAUUCCUAAAGCCACAGCAGGACACAGCACAGCCAAUAUUGUUCCAGCUUCCAAACAGUUUCCUUAUUUUCUUUUAGGGUUUGUCUUUGUUUAGAAACUUCCAGUUUUCCAAUUCUGUAUGUUGCACAGGUGUAGUUCUCCAGGUCCUCAGUCCUGUAGUUCUUCUCAAUCCCAGGUCAUGGAUGCUUUAAACCCUCUGUAUGAGAAUGAAGAAAUCCUUAGCUGACUGUCCUAAUUGGCUUCUGAACAGAUUUUUUCUCAUAUCUGCUUUUUACUUCAGGUUGUGUGCCUUACAUCCUCAAAUUACAUAGAAAAUGCUCUCCAGUUCCCUUAUGCUUAUGUUAAAAAAAAAUGUAACCAGCUAGAGAGAGAUAAGAAACUAAACCCCAACCCAUAUAAGUUUAAUGUAGCCAUAUAAAAUUUUUAUGUCCCAAAUGUAAUAACCUUGCAGCAAGACAAAAGGUUACAUUUUCACCCAUCCAAAGCAAAACUACUCUGCAGUGCCAUCUAGUGACUCUACACACAUGAGUAUUGGGUUCCAGCGUUUUCACAGCAAGGGAUUCAAUCAAUUGGUUA